UCCACAAUGCUUUGCGCUGCGUGUUAAACCGCAGAGCAUGACGGUCGGUUUUUGACGAGGUAUGUCGUAGAUUCAGGUUGACAUGACGCACGUUUUUAAACAUGGCGGACGAAGGAGAAAAAUCUUUAGCUUUUCACGAAAUGGGCUUAGACGACCGUCUCCUAAAGGCCAUAGCUAGCCAAGGAUGGCGUCAUCCAACACUUAUUCAGGAACGGUCCAUUCCUCUGGCCCUGGAGGGUAAGGACCUGUUAGCGAGGGCGAGAACUGGCUCAGGGAAAACUGCAGCCUUCGUUAUCCCCAUCAUUCAGCGCAUUCUGGACGGAAAACAGGCAGCCAAAGAACAGGCAGUGAAGGCCCUUGUACUGACACCCGCUAAGGAGCUGUGCAGUCAGGCUUACAAGAACUGUGUGGCCCUAAGCAGCUGUUGUUCCCGGGAAGUCAGGUGUUUGGAUAUCUCUGGCUCUGCUGACAUCACUUCACAAAGACCCAUGUUGAUGGAGAAGCCUGAUGUUGUGAUUGGGACCCCCAGCAGAGUUUUGGCACACAUCCAGGGGGGGAACCUGGAGCUGAAGAACUCAUUAGAGAUGCUUGUGAUUGAUGAGGCUGAUCUUGUGUUCUCCUUCGGAUACGAGAAAGACAUCAAAACACUGUUGGGACAUUUGCCCAAGAUCUAUCAGGCAUUUCUGAUGUCUGCAACACUGAGUGAGGAUGUCCAAGCGUUGAAGAAACUGAUCCUCCACAACCCCGUGACCCUGAAACUGGAGGAGUCUCAGCUUCCUGAGGCAGACAGACUGACUCAGUACCACAUCAAGUGUGAGGAGAGCGACAAGUUUCUCCUCAUCUACACACUCCUCAAGCUGCGCCUGGUCAGGGGGAAAACCAUCCUGUUUGUCAACUCCAUUGACAGGUGUUACAGGCUGAAGUUGUUCCUAGAACAGUUUUCCAUCCCAGCGUGUGUGUUGAACUCUGAACUCCCAGUAUCCUCCAGAUGUCACAUUGUGGACCAGUUUAACCAGGGACUCUACAACCUGGUGAUAGCCACAGACGAGAGUGCACUGGAUGCUGAGGAUUCCAGCAUGAAGGACAAGACGGGGAAAGCCAAGAAAAAGGCCAAAAGAUUCAAGAAGAAAAAGGACAAGGAGUAUGGCGUUUCUCGUGGCAUCGACUUCCAGUUUGUGUCCAACGUCAUCAACUUUGACUUCCCGGCACAGGUGGAGGCCUACAUACACAGGGUGGGCAGGACAGCUCGAGGUGACAGCCAGGGAACAGCGCUGUCCUUGAUCUCUGCACAGGAGCUGUCCCUGCUGCAGCAGGCAGAGGACGUGCUGUCCGAAGACGCUGAUAAUCCUGUCAUCAAGCCCUACAGGUUCAAAAUGGAGGAGAUUGAGGGCUUCAGAUAUAGGGCAAAGGAUGCUCUGCGUUCAGUCACCAAGACAAGUGUACGAGAGGCCAGACUUAAAGAGAUCCGAUCAGAAAUCUUGAACUCUGAAAAGCUGAAGUCCUACUUUGAAGACAACCCUCGAGACCUUCAGGUGUUGAGACAUGACAAGGCCCUGGCAGCAUCCAGAGUAAAACCCCACAUGAAGAAUGUUCCUGAAUAUUUAAUGCCCCCCAGUAUGAAGUCCAACAGUAGUGUGAUCACCAAGAGACCACAACACUUCCAGGGAGGUCGCAGGGAGCAGAAAAGACACAAGAAGAGAAAAGAAGAUCCACUUAGAAGUUUUAAGUACAGAAAAGAAGAGAGUUAAUCCUGUCUAUAUCUGUGAUAUCCAUGUUAUCCUGUAUAUUGUGUAAGAUACAUAAUUGUAAGUAUGGAUAGCAAGAAUCAGUCAAUCAUCCAUGGGCAUCAAUGCUGAUGCAUGGUGGCUGUAGACUUCUCUCUCCAGGAUGUUCUAUUUUCAGCACAGGACCCCCCCCUCCCCAGUGGCUCUGGUGACCCCUCUGUGAUCCCUCUGUUCAUGAGAGUGUUGAAGACUUACUCGUCCCACCUUGAUCUGGGGCAUCUGCUAGGGUGGUUCUAGAAAACUUGUAGCUCGGAUCUUGAUCUGAGGUGGCCAGUUUUAUCAGAAAGUAAAAAAUAAGACAUGGAUCAAAUGUAAUGCAAAUUAUAGAGAUAUACCAUGAAACAUUCUGUCAGAGUAAUUUUACGGGUCAGUCAGUCUCUUGCUUUUGCACCAAACUGGCACAUUGUUUGUCACAAAGAAUUUCUGGCAUGUUUACAUAUUUUCACUGUAAACAAGUUGAACACACUUCUAUCACAAAGAGCAUGGGUCCCACACAGACAGGGCAUUAAACAGAAUUGUUUACUUGUUGUGGACACAAUGUUGUAGGCUGUUUGGGGACUUUGGGUAAGUAUUGUUGGAAGAGAUGUCAUUACAGCUGUCUAUUGGACCAUACAUGGAUAUACUGAGUUUGACAAUGUAGCAAGGUUUUCCUUGGAGAAGGAUUGCCUUAAUUGCUUACUUACAACACACCCUGUCCAGUAGAGGCUGAAACUGCAAAGUGUCAUGAAAAUGGAAUAACCCAUUAAAUUUUGUGCU